CGCUCUGUGCAGAUGUGGUCGAGUCUACAGUCUAUACACGAGUAUUCAUAUCAGUGAGCGUUUUGUGGAGUGAAUCUCAUUUUCAUAGACACUAAACACUGUAUUAUUAUUUAGUAUUAAGUGUAUUAAGUGAACGUUUCCUGCAUUUUGUGGCAUUAAAUUUGAUACAUAUUUACCAUCAGUGAACUGAUCCGACGGACACACACCCAACAGGUGACCAAUGCGUGAAUACAAGAUAGUAGUGCUCGGGUCGGGAGGUGUGGGCAAGAGUGCACUGACGGUUCAAUUCGUUCAGGGUAUUUUUGUGGAGAAAUACGACCCGACUAUUGAAGACAGUUAUCGAAAGCAAGUGGAAGUGGACGGACAGCAAUGUAUGCUUGAAAUACUGGACACCGCCGGCACUGAACAAUUCACGGCAAUGCGUGACCUGUACAUGAAGAAUGGUCAGGGGUUUGUGUUGGUCUACUCGAUCACAGCGCAGUCCACUUUCAAUGACUUACAGGACUUACGCGAACAGAUUCUUAGAGUGAAGGACACCGACGACGUGCCUAUGAUUUUGGUGGGAAAUAAGUGUGAUUUGGACGAUGAAAGGGUUGUGGGCAAAGACCAGGGUGCAAAUCUGGCCCGAUCUUUCAAUAACUGUGCGUUUCUCGAGUCUUCAGCCAAAGCCAAGAUUAAUGUGAAUGAGAUAUUUUACGACUUGGUUCGACAGAUCAAUAGGAAAAACCCAGAGAAGAAACAACGGCCCCCUCGGAAACCCAGAUGUGUUUUGUUGUAAUUAAGUUAACAUAAUUAAGAUAUUUAAUUGCUUUUAGACUCCAUUCAAACGAAUAACUGAUAAAAGAAAGUAUAAAACAAUUGAUUGCCUGUAAAAUACAUUUCCCGUUUUGAGCCAAUACUAUAAGUCUAUACUAUUCUUAUUUGAAGAAUCCAUUUUCAAGUCUUCAUAUAAUGAACUCAUUUUAUUACAAUUUAUAUCUUUAUCACUAGUUAUAUAUAUAAUACUUUACAUUGUUUUUAAGAUUCAUUUUAGAAAGAGUUCUAAAUAAGUGACACAAACGGCACAUAUUUUUCUCUACCAAAAAUCAAUUAUUAUAUCAAAUGAUCAAAAAUUAAUUUAAUUUCUAAGUCAUGAAUUGGUUUAUUUUAUUCUUUUGGUUUUUGCUCAAAGUUUUAUCCAAAAUGUCAUUUUAUAUACUUUUUAAACGCAUGAAUUUAGUAUUAAAUUUAUCUCAAAACUGUUAAAUUAUUAUUUAUAUAUUGGAAAAGUUCACAACUUUUUACUGCAUAAGGAAACCAAUUGUUUUUGGCAUUAAAUCUAUAAAUAAUGUGAAAUGUUUCAAUUGUUUGCCAAUUAAUGCUUUUGAUAGCAAUUAAACAAAUGUUGAUUUGGUGUUAAAUAACCGAUUGUUGACCCAACGCACCACUUCUUAUCAUUAAAUUUAUUUAAAAACCUUUAUUUCUAUUAUAAUAUAGAAGUUUAUUAUUGUAUUUGUAAAACAAGAACCGAUCGCACAUUCGGUGCUAUUUUCUGUUUCUAUUACAUUACAGUUGAAAUGAAAAGUAAUUUAACUUAAAAUCAAAUUUAAUAAAACUUCCCUUUUAUUGAAUCGAAUUCAAUGUCACAAACGAUAUGAUUGUUUAGAAAACAAUUCAGUGAUUGUAAUCAUUAUUGACAUUAAAGUGCCCGCAAUCUUACGCUUUCAUUCAUUUUCCUAAUAAAUCAUAUUUAAUACACCGAACA